AUGCAAAGGUUUAUUGAUGAUCUUUUAGUGAAGAGAGAAACAUGCCCGGUUGAUAAUGAAUACGACGGACAAAAAAUGGGAGCUAGAAUCUCAGCCGUUUUUGUUAUUCUAGUUGGUUCAGCAUUUGGGGCUUUUUUCCCUAUCUUAUCUUCGAGAUACUCAUUUAUUCGUUUACCUUCAUGGUGUUUCUUCAUAGCUAAGUAUUUUGGGUCAGGAGUUAUUGUGGCUACGGCUUUCAUCCACUUAUUGGAGCCUGCCAGUGAUUCUUUGGGGGAAGAAUGUCUUGGAGGAACAUUCGUUGAGUAUCCAUGGGCAUUUGGUAUUGCUUUGAUGUCGUUGUUUGCUAUGUUUUUUAUUGAGUUAAUCUCGUUUCACUACGUUGACAUGAAAAUCGAAAAAGAAUCCUCAGAUGGCCACUCACACUCACAUUUUGGCUCCUCAGAUAUGUAUCUUAAAAAAGACGAAUCAGAUGAAGAAGAAGAGAUUGAAAACAAACCAACACCACAAGUUAAUCCAUACCCUCAACAUUUCCAACAUGCUGCAGAACACCAAGACCCAGAAGUUCUUGGAACACCAGUUGAAGACGUAAACAAGGAGCAAUAUUAUGGUCAAUUACUUUCCGUUUUCAUUUUGGAAUUCGGUAUUCUUUUCCAUUCUGCAUUUACCGGGUUAGCCUUAGCUGUUGCAGGGGAUGAAUUUGUUUCCUUAUAUAUUGUAUUGGUCUUUCACCAAAUGUUCGAAGGUUUAGGUUUAGGUGCAAGAAUUGCUACGAUCGACUGGCCAAAGAAAAGAAGAUGGACCCCAUGGUUUUUAGCUCUUGCUUACACUUUAACCACCCCAAUUGCCAUUUCCAUUGGUCUUGGUGUAAGAACUUCGUAUCCUCCUGGGUCAAGAAAAGCAUUAAUUACAAACGGUGUUUGUGACUCCAUUGCUGCUGGUAUUUUGUUCUACAGUGGUAUCGUCGAAUUAAUGGCUCAUGAAUUCUUAUAUUCUAAUCAAUUUAAAGGUCCUAAUGGAUUUAGAAACAUUAUGGCAGCAUUCAUGGUUAUGUGUUUGGGUGCUGGUUUAAUGGCAUUAUUAGGAAAGUGGGCUUAG